AUGGCGCCUAUUAUUGCAAGCUCCUCGGCGGAUCCAGACCCAGAGGGCUCGCAGUCGUAUGACUAUACAGAAGGUGCCUCAGCAGUCGACAUAGACCAGGCUUUGGACAACAGCCGUCGGGCUCGACGCGAUUCUCAGUACAGCACCUACCAUGGCGGCGACGGUGAUGGUGCAAUGUUCUCUGGACCAGGACACAUUGCGAACCCAAGCAGUGUUUCUCGGAUGUCGCAUAUUGAACUUGGGAGAAGGAGCAGUGAUGUAUGGUCACGGUCGAGGCGGAAGAGCUUUGACUCGAAGGCUUCUCAUAGAGGCCGGAGGGACAGCCGGGCUAGUCAGUUAUCAAGAAGGAGCCUGGACAGUGCAGUCAGACAACGCGUAAAUGGAGAUGAGACCGACUCACUACUCGAUGAAGAUGGUGGAAGCGCGACAAGUGGGAGAAGGAGGAGACGGUCCCCGUCCCCUCCAACACGAUCCUCAGUUUUUGGUAAUAUCGCGAAUCUAUUUACCAGGGGCGGGGCUCAAGAAAACUCGCGCGAACGUCGUCGUUCAAUAUCCCAGCGGUCGUCUACUAGCAGGCUCUCCAGGCGCUCCGACGCCAUGUCAGAAAAUGCUCUUGAUACGGAGGACGACGAACAGGAGCGGUGGGGUUACUCCUCGGGAGAAGAGGAUGAAUCUGAGGAAGAAUACCAACAAUCUAUUGACACAGGGAAGGACACAGCAUCAAUUACGCCCAGCAUGAACUACGACUCUGAGCCACCGAGCCCUAUGGAAGGAAACCAGAGUCUUCCUAUGCUCAGUUUCGACCCAGUAUUUGGUGGAGAAGCUCGCAUCGAUAUGGAUACGACAUUUACACUGCUCGACCUGCCCCCGCCAGGACCUCCCAGUCGACAAACCAUAUAUAUUCCCGACGAAGACAAUACCGUACGAUUCAUUGGAUACGAGACUAUCAGAUGGCGUGUUUGGGCGUGGCGCACAUGUUGCGUUUUAUCUUUCGGUAUUCUUGGUUUACUAGGACAUUGGUUUCCCUAUCUCUGGCUACGUUGGGUGGCACGAGAGAAGGCAUUCAUCGACUCUCAUGAUGGCUUUUUGGUUGUGGAGUCGUCGUACAAGGCAAUCAUGCUUCUUCCGAUAAGGUCCUUGAAAUAUCCAUAUCCCAUUACCACCGUUUUCCCGCAAACAAUACCUAUAGUUGACGGAAUGGAGACUAUUAUACCAUCUAACAAAGAUUAUGAACUCAAGGACGGUUUUAUCAAGCAUCUUUUGGUGACUGACUAUAGAUAUACUCGUUUUGCUGUUGACCCCCGAACAGGGCUUUUCAACAUGGUUAGGGACUGGAGAGAUCCAUACUUGGCCAGCAUCGUCUCCGCCAAGGAGCCCCUCGAUUAUGCGACAAGAGAACAGAGGCUGACGCUGUUCGGAAAAAACGAGAUCGAUAUUGAGGCGAAAUCGACAAUAUCUCUUCUUGUCGAAGAGGUCAUCCACCCCUUUUAUAUUUUCCAAAUCGCCAGUAUCGUCCUAUGGUCACUAGAUGACUACUACUACUAUGCCUUCUGCAUCGCCCUCAUCUCCAUCAUCAGCAUUGCUACAACCUUGAUCGAGACAAAGAAGACUAUUGCCCGGAUGCGAGAAAUGUCGAGGCUCAUCUGCCAGAUGGAUGUGUUAAUCAAUGGUUCAUGGACAACACGGGACUCGACCAACCUUGUCCCGGGAGAUAUCGUCAAUCUUUCGACCUCCAAUAUCACCAUAAUUCCGGCUGACCUGUUCCUUCUGUCGGGCGAUGCAAUCGUCAAUGAGAGCAUGCUCACUGGAGAGAGUGUUCCUGUCACGAAAAUCCCUGCGAAGGACAGUGACCUCGUCCAGUGGCGAGAUGAUAAGUCAGAAAAUGCGAAGACAUUCCUCUAUGGAGGUACCCGAGUCGUUCGUAUACGAGGAAAUUUCACCAUCGAGGCUCAAUCACAGCCCGCAAUUGCUGUCGUUGCUAGGACAGGAUUCAAUACAACUAAAGGUGCACUCAUCCGGUCAAUGCUGUUCCCUAAACCCAUUGGAUUCAAGUUCUAUCGUGAUUCGAUGAGGUUCAUUGGCGUUCUUGCUGGCAUCGCUGGUCUCGGCUUCUGCUUCAGCGCCAUUGGGUUUGUUCGAAUCGGGCUUCCGUGGCAUACGAUUCUUGUUCGAGCUCUGGAUUUAAUCACGGUUGUCGUUCCUCCUGCUCUUCCUGCCACCCUCUCAAUCGGAACCAGCUUCGCAAUUGGCCGACUUCGCAAACACGGCAUUUAUUGCAUAUCCCCAAGCCGAGUCAAUGUUGCAGGGAAGAUCAAUGUGUGCUGCUUCGAUAAGACAGGAACGUUAACUGAGGACGGUCUCGACAUCCUCGGUGUACGUAGCCUAGAACGGAACGUCCAUCGUUUUGGAGAACUGUUAGAGGAUGUACACGAUGUUCCUCUGGGCAGAGAAAAAGCCACGUUUCUGCAUGCCCUGGCCACCUGCCACUCUCUGAAGAUGGUCGACGGAGAGAUCAUCGGUGACCCUCUCGACGUCAAGAUGUUUGGAUUCACCCGGUGGACCCUCGAGGAGGGACGGGUAGCUGGGAUAGGAAACAUCAAGGCGAAAGGGACGGUCAUCGAGCAAACAGCCAUUGUCCAGACGGUCGUUCGUCCGCCUGGAAGUGCACAGUUCCGGUUAGAGGAUGCGUUGAAAGGGGCGACGAAGCACGCACAUUUCCUUGAAUUAGGUGUCAUACGCACCUUUGAUUUCGUUUCGACCCUCCGGCGAAUGAGCGUCAUCGUCAAACGCCUGCGGAGUACCAGCAUGGAGAUAUAUGUCAAAGGUGCACCGGAAGUCAUGGUCGAAAUUUGUGACAAGGCAUCCCUACCCGAGGACUACGACGAUUUGCUGUCGUAUUACACGAAACGGGGCUAUCGAGUUAUAGCCAUCGCUGGCAAAAGUAUUGAAGGAUUGUCAUGGCUGAAGGCGCAGCGAAUGAAAAGAGAGCAAGCUGAAUCAGGGCUCAAGUUUUUGGGACUCGUCAUCUUUGAAAACCGGUUGAAGCCUGGAACGACUCCGGCCAUCCAGGCCCUGCGCUCGGCCCAUCUAGCAUGUCGAAUGAUCACUGGCGACAACCCUCUGACUGCGGUCAGCGUCGCCCGUGAAUGCGGACUCAUAAACCAAGCAGCCCACGUCUUCUCGCCGGCCUUCGCACGAGGUAACGCGACGACGCCGGCUUCGAAGCUGGUGUGGACAUGCAUGGAUGAUCCCCUGUGGAAGCUUGAUGCUUAUAGCUUGAAGCCUCUCCCGCCACCUCCGCAUCACACUAUCGAAGGCGACGAGAUUAACUACCAGGACUAUUCGCUUGUCAUUACUGGUGACGUGUUCCGCUGGAUGCUUAACUAUGCACCGUUAGAAACCUUGCAACGGAUGCUGGUGAAAGCACAGGUCUUCGCUAGAAUGUCCCCAGAUGAGAAGAAUGAGGUCGUCGAGCGACUUCAGAGCCUGGGGUACACUGUUCUCAUGUGUGGCGAUGGGGCGAAUGACUGUGCAGCAUUGAAGGCAGCAGAUGUCGGUAUCUCGUUGUCUGAGGCGGAAGCUAGCGUGGCUGCCCCAUUCACGACCAGCACACCUGACAUUGGAUGUGUGCUUGAAGUCAUCAAGGAGGGUCGUUCGGCGCUGGUUACGAGCUUCAGUUGCUUCAAAUAUAUGGCCUUGUAUUCGAUGAUCCAAUUCACCUCCGUUACGUUGCUGUAUUCCUUCGCGUCCUCUCUGGGCGACUUCCAGUUCCUGUACAUCGACCUUUUUAUCAUCAUCCCUAUUGCAGUGACGAUGGGGCGCACUCUACCAUACCCCCGAAUAUAUCCUAAACGGCCGACGGCAAGCCUGGUUUCGAAGAAGGUCCUUGCGAGUAUUAUCGGCCAGAUUGUAAUUACCAGUGCAGUACAGGGAUGGGCGUUCCUCUGGGUUCGCGGGCAGGAGUGGUAUACACCGCCUCCGACGUCACAUCCCGGAGAGGAUGGGGGUAACAAGCUCGAGUCGACCAACUAUGAAAACUCUGUGCUGUUCUUAGUUUCGUGUUUCCAGUACAUCCUUGUGGCGGCCGUAUUUAGCAUUGGGCCGCCAUAUCGGAAAUCUAUGUGGACAAACGGCAAGUGCCCCGUGUACAGACUCUGA